UCUUUCUCUCUCUAGAACAGCUCAUUCGCCGAGCUCUCUCUCUCCCUCUCUCUCUCUCUCCCGCCAUUGCCCAUUUGACUUGGCGAGCUCGAGAGGAGACGUAGACCGUCAAUGGGUAUCUGCAGUUCCUGCGAAUCCACCAGCGUCGCGACGGCGAAGCUCAUCCUGGUGGACGGGAGGCUCCAGGAGUUCUCGUACCCGGUCAAGGCCUCCUACGUCCUCCAGAAGAAUCGCGACUGCUUCAUCUGCAACUCCGAUGAGAUGGACUUCGACGACGUCGUCUCCGCCGUCGCCGCCGACGACGAGCUCCUCCCCGGCCGCCUCUACUUUGCCCUGCCCCUCAGCCGCCUGAAGCGGCCCCUGCAGGCCGAGGAGAUGGCCGCGCUCGCAGUCAAGGCCAGCUCCGCCCUAAUGAGGAGCGGCGGCGACAAAUGCGGGUGCCGCCGGAAGUCGGUAUCGCUGGCGUGGUUCUCCGACGAGGAGAGCAAUAGCUGUAGGGACGUCGCGGCGGCGGCGGCAGCGGCGAGCGGCGACGGCGGCAGGAGGGAUGGGCGGGGUAGGAGGAGGAGUUUCACGGCGAUGUUGAGUGCGAUCCCCGAGUAGGGAGGGGGCAUUUUUGGAAAUAUUUUUAGGUUAUGGAGGGUGUAAAUAUAGAAUUAGUGAGUUUCCACUUUUUUUUUUGGCUGAAUCUUUAAUUAAUCUGUAGAGUUGUUCCUGAAAAUGUGAUUAAUGAGGAAGAGAAGGGAAGACCCUUUGGACAA